AGCCAAUUCUUCUAUAGUUCUAUACUUCUAUGACUUCUGUCCCUCUCCCAAAUCCAUUUCUUCAAUCCGUCUGCGGUUUUCCAUAGCCAAUUGGCCCAUAACGGCUAACCCUAUCUGUCCGCCAUCGCCAAUUCGCCAUCUUGAUUUGCGCAUCGCUCCUUCGCGUGAGCCAGAUGUGGUCGAAUAAAAGAAAUUGGACGUGUACGAGUAGGAGUUGCGGAGGAGGGCCUUUGGAGAAGCUUCCUCUUGAGCUUAUUGGAGAGAUAUUGUCUCGUCUUCCCACUAGUGAACUGGAAAUGUUGAUCACAAAGACCAUACUUCAGUCACCCGGUUUGCGAACAUUAAGGAUUAAAAUGGAUAUGGUGCACGAGUUUUUGGCUCUUUCAGUUUUGGGUUGGUUGAUGUUUGCCAGGGAAAAUUUGUCCGAAUUGUUCUAUAUGGUUAGAACUUCUCCCAGCAUCAAUGUUCUUAAUGUAUGUGGGAGGCGGAAAUUGGAAACCUUGAGUUUAUGCCAUUACACGAUAAGAGGGGUUGAACUGAAUUUCCAAAGGCUCCCCUCUUUGACAUCACUUUCUCUACGUUGUGUCCGUUCUUCGGUAGAGGAUCUAAACAGACUUCUUUUGUCUCUUCCCAAACUCGAGUCUUUAGUACUAUGUUCACCCAUCCUAGGAGAUUCAGAUGAGGUUGAUUUGCCAGAAAUUACAGUCAAAUUGUGUGGUCUCACAUUAAAGACCCUAAUAAUUGAGCUUUUUGAUGGACGUGAGUUCCUUUUGGAGAAGUGUGAUAUUGGGUUUCUGCGUGUGUACGAAUGUAAUUUUGGUUCAUUUAAGGUCACUGGCAGUAAAAGUUUGAGACACUUCAAAUUUUCCUCUACUCACAGUCAGCUUCUUGAAAUUGAAGAGGGAGACAAUCUAGAGAUUUUAGAAAUCAUUGACAGUUGCAUAUCUCAGUCAAAUCUGUUCCCAAUGAAGAUACAAGCACCAAAGUUGAAAACAUUUCGAAUUUGGGAGUUCGACAAUAAACCGUCCAUGUCUUUUGGAAUAGCUGUUGGCGGGUCAAGGCUAGUUGUGGAUUUAAAACAAGUUGCUGUUUGUUCGCCUCAACUUAGCCAUCUUUCCCUAUUUUGUCCUUACGCACUUUGUGACAUUGAGUACAAUUUUGAUGGUUCGUCUUCUUUGGGGAAUGUGGGAGUCUUGGAGAUGGCAUGUUAUGUUCUUGACGGCUUCUGGGAGUGGGCAGAGAAGGUGUUGACACAUUGUCCAAAUGUUAGGAGGUUGAUUAUCCGUAUGAUUAUCGAAAAAUACAAAAAAUUAUUGCCUCCUCCACACUUUGCCACUGCCACCAGAGCAAGGAAUGAAAGGUUGAGGAAGUAUCACUGUGUGGAUUUAGCUAAGCGAACCUCAUUGGUCGCUGAAAUGAUGAGAAAGUAUCAACAUCUACAAGUGGAGUUUUCCUAUGUGUAUCGGUGUGAUUUUCAGGCAUGAAGACUCUUGUGGGUUAUAACCCACACUCUUGUGGGUUAUAACCCUACAAAGCUUAGACGUAUCGUUGAAAACAACAAUCUCAGUUUCCUUCAUCUUGUUCAGCCCCCACCCUAAGCUCACAUUGUCUUCAUUGUCAUCCCCUCCUCUCUUAUUUUCUUCGCCAUAUCGCGCUCCCCUCUUUUCAGAGUGUUGGCAACGAUGCACUAGGGGCGACCCCCAGGCGACAAUGUUUACAGAUCUAGCAAGACCUAGCGGUAAAGCUUACAGAUCUGGAUCUAGUCCUUCUUCCUGCUCGGAUAAAGCUAUCACAAUUAGGUAGCAGCGGUGUCGGCAAAUCUAUCACGAUGAAGAGGGACAACGUUGAUGGAGAGGAAUGUUAGUACGAAAAGUCAAGUAGAGUUUGUGGAGCAGCUUCCUGUGGACAAGGUAGUCAAACUCGCGAGUUGACUCGUACGAUUCAACGAUUUUGAGGAUCGGCCGAGGCUUACCGAUCUGGGACGGCUGCAGAAUCGUGAAAUCCAUGGACUCGUUCGGAUCGACGAUUCGGCUCGUGGAAACGCAGGAUCGGCUACAAUCGCCGAGUCUGAGAAGUCCAAAUAGUGUCUCUUCGAAAUCUCCUUCCAAUCGAUUCUGGAACUGCAAUUGGAUAGUCGCGCCUGUUGCGACUCCCAAUUUCUAUCGGAAACAGGUAUCUCCCUUUAUUUAUUCCCAAUUUCAAUAGGAAAGCAGCGUAAAUAGAUUCCCAAUUUGAAUAGGAAAGCAGACGUAUCUUCUUCUAUUUAUUUGGGAAUCGAGACUUCUCUGUGUAUCAGUCUUCCUUCUUCUUUUUUUUUCUCCAGCGACAUUUUUUUUCUCCUGGGAAUCCUCUGUGUCUGUCGCAGGCUUCUUCUUUCCCUCUACUCUCUUACAAUGUCAAUCCCUGCUUCAGCCACUCCAUUUAGUAGACCAAUUGCAAAAAAUGCUCCUGGGCAGAAAACAGAUGUUGCUUGGGAACAUUGCAAAGCAAUUGAUUCUAGCAAUAGAAAGCUACAAUGUAAUUAUUGUAGCAAAGUCAUAACCGGGGGGGUGUUCCGUAUGAAGCAUCACUUAGCAGGGACACAAAAGGAUGUGGGUGCUUGCAAAAGUGUUUCUGAUAAGUUGAGGCAAGAAAUGUGGGACAUUGUAGUUACCUCUAAAGAGAAAAGGCGAAAAGAGGAUGAAGACGAUGAUGAUGAUUGUGAAAAUGUUGGUUUCAAAAGAAAAAUCAAUGACGAGGUUGGUGAUGGAUCGAAUACUUUUUCCAAAAAAAGGGCGACCAAUCAAAGCACCAUUAAUAGCAUGUACAAGAAGAGUUUGAGAGAAGAUGCAUGUCUAGCAAUUUCGAGAUAUUACUUCAACAAUGCCAUAGCAUUCAACACGGCAAGAAGUGAAGAGUUUCGUAUCAUGUGUGAUUUGAUUGCAAAACAUGGACCCGGAUUCAAGCCACCGUCAUAUCAUGAGAUCAGAGUAAAGUAUUUAAAACAAGAAGUGGAGUCGACAGAACGCAUUGUCAAUGAACAUAGGAGCGAAUG